AUGUGGAGGUACAUGAGGCUGCUACCGUUCCUUGGGUUCUGUGAUGGAAGCAAGGCAAACUGCAAAGAUGUCCCGGAAUCGCCUGUAACUCCUGAAGUGAAAGACCUUUCUCCUGAGCCAGACCCGAACCCAGAGCCUGAUCCUCUGCCCAUGGAGCCACUAGAAAAGGGGCAAAAAGUAGAUGCUGUUUGUCGCAACGUUCACUGCACACCAUCUUCACAGUCUGCACUGUCCUCUUUUUUUUCAGCAUCGGCAGGAGAGAAGAAACGGAAGCGGAAGCGAGUGCUGAAGUCCAAAACGUUUGUGGAUGAGGAAGGCUGCAUAGUGACCGAAAAGGCUUACGAGAGCGAGUCCUGCACAGACAGCGAAGGCGACUUCCGCUCCAAGCCCUCCGCGGCUCGCAAGCCGCCUGCCGGGGCUGCCAAGAAAGAGCCCAAGGAGGAGAAGAGAGGCGCAAAGAGAGCCACAAAGGCCAACAAGCAGGCUUCCAUCAUGGGCUUCUUCCAGAAGAAAUGAGCUCCAGCCGCUGCCUGGUUUGCAGAAGCUGCGUCAGAGGAGGCCGCCACCCUUUUUGAGGCACAAAUACUUACCGUGUAAGUGGGCUUUCUCCGGAACCGGGAAACGAGACUCGCCACACGUGGGAACCUUUCGGUGCCAAAGCUGCUUAGAAAGCAGCCACUAGAGGCAACAGAGUCGCUGUUCGAGAAUCAAAUUAAUUUGCUUUGUGCGGGCCUCUGAAAUAUAUAUCUCUAUAUGUAAAGGCCAAUUGUUUCUUUUAGCCGCCCCGUCCUGCGGCAAGCCCCGCAGGUGGGCUUGCCUCUCCCACUGGCUCAGGUCAACGAAAUGUGACGCGUCUCAGUAUCCCCACCAGCUAUCGCUGUCCCACCUCCAACCCUUUCCUCUCCACAGUGGUGCCUUCAGAGAGCUUGAUGGAGUCUUCAAGGUUUCUCUGCGGCCAGGCAGCUAUUUGGAAGGGAAAUCUCGCGGGCCCUUCACACGGUUGCCUGCUCUUGUAGCUAUGCGGAAGGGCAGCGAUAGCUUAAGAACGUUGGUGGGUCUUUUUCCUUGCCUCAACCAAACGCUGUGAAAGGCGGGAGAAGCAAUGGCAGCUUUAGAAAUGUCGAAAAGAGUAUUCUGGCUGUGAGUCUUGACGCAGGCUGUGUCUGUUAUGAUAAACACUGGAAAUGAGAAACAAUUCAGAACCAGUCCGGACUCCCCUCUUCGCUCCAUCUGUUUGUAUGGGGCUUUUGCCCAAAUAACCUUUUGCCCUUCUCGUCUUCCUCCUGUCAUUCUGAAAGGGAGCCCAACCAAAGACCGCCUGUAGCUGCUGCCUUGCAUGGGGUUUGCAUCAGUUUUAGCAUAAACAAGGUGGGUUGGGGUCUCUGACUGGUUGGCUUCCUUGAUCAACUGCCAAGCAGGGUGUGUCCCCCCCCACUUUAAUGGAGAAACCAUUUGUUAAUGAGGAACCAAAUGACGAGCAACACCGUUUCGGAAGAUCCAACACUUUUUUUUAAAGUUAGAAUGAAAGGAAAGGUGCAGGGAUGGAGACCGGCCAUUCUUCUCACAGUGCUGCAGUUUGGACAGAUCCGUUCAAUGAAACAUUAAGAGAGGGCAAGAACUCCAUUCUGGUUUGGUUUAGGUCUAGCGGUGGAGUGGGCGGUCUUCCACAGCCACUCACUAAACCACAACCAAAAUAGAGUAGCAGGUAGAGCUGCUGGUGACGUUAAAAAGAAAAGAAAAGUCAUUUGCCUAUUAUAGAUGGUGCCCAGGCCAAAGGAAAAACAAAAGGGGUUCAUUAUUCAAACCCCAUAUUACAGAAAUAAUAUUUUUAUUUUGAGGCUUAGCCGUGGAGGUUUCUCAACCUCCCCAAGCCCCUACUGAAACUAGUCUGGUUUCUGAAAUCCAUUAUUUGAACAAUCGGAAUCCGUUCACGGCUGUUGCAGAUGCACGAACCGGCCUGCCCCUCUGGCUGGCGUCCUUGGGGGUUUCACGUUCAACAUGGUGUUCUUGUAGUUGCUGAUUUUAUAAUGAAGUGCAUUCAGUCCUUAGCCCAGGCCUGCAGGCUGACCUUCCUGACAGACAAGCCUGCUUGGCCUUCUCAUCCCAGCUUUCCCCUACGCUUGGGAAGGUGGGUUUGGCAGCAUCCUCGCCUACGACCAUUCCUUCCCCAACCUGGUGCCCUCCAGAUGAAUUUGACUAUUAACUCUCACCAGACACAAGCAGCAGGGGUGUUCUGGUGAGAGAGUUACAGCCCAAAACAUGGAGGGCACAAUGUUGAGUGAGACUACUCUUAAGGAGUUCAGGCCAACAGCUGAGUAAGGCUUCACAUCCUUGGGUUAGCGUUGGUUAUUUUUUAAUAUGAAAUAGGAGGCCUCUGCUGGAAAGCCUUAGUCCAUUUUUUGCCAAUCUUUUUUUUUUUAACUCUUUCCCAAUAAAAUAACACUUUCCCCUUCCUCCUUUGUGUGCUCAGAUGUUUAUGUUGGGGCAAAAAAGCAAAAUGUUAAAUAAAGAUGCGGUCUUCUGCUAAACAUCUUUUUUUUAAUAAAUAAAAAAACCUUGCUGAA